CUGAAAUACUAACUACUACUAACUAACGCCAACGCGUUGAUGGAGGCGGCAAAAUUUCGCACAUUUUGUCGAUCGGCGACGUCGGUUUUUUUCUAUAUAGUAUCAUUGUUAUUGCUUCUCCGCUGCCUUUUCAGCCUGUCGUCGUGUUCCGCCAUUUGUAGAGCUCAUUUAAUUUUUAUUGUUGUUUAUUGCUUAACGAAAAAAAAAAAGAAGAAAAAAAUUCAUUUUAAAUGUUUGAUUACAACGAUUUGUGAAGUUCAGUCGAAUUUGUGAUUUUCGCGCUGGAGGAGCGGCUCAUUCAGCGAUCGCUAGCAAUGCGAUUUAGAACUGCAAUCGGAUCGAAUCUCAAUCGCAGUUCAACUAUUUGAUAACUGAAAACUCAGUCAUUCUCAAGUGUCGUGUAUGAACGUAACUACAAAUCUCAACUAAAAAAAAAACUUAAAACCUGAAUAAAAACACUCGAAAGAAAGUGACAGACCAGUUAAAAUGCAGUUACUAAAUUUAGUGUGCCUCAAGCAAAAGGUGGCACACAUCGCCAACAACAACAACCAGAAUCAAAGCAAAGAAUCCUACGAAAGAGAUCCAAAGGAUAAAGGAAUCUUUGGUUGCUUUGCCAAGAAGGAAGAGCAGCAGAAUAAUCAGAAACAUAAACAAUCGGAAGAACCCAGAGAGAGUUCCAAUUCGGGCAGCUAUAAGGUGCAGCAAAAGGAGCAGGAACAGCAGAGGGAAAACGAGAACGAGCAUCCAUCCGUUUACCGACAGCAGGACGAGGAGUUUCAUCCGAUACAAAAGGAGGAGGAACGCCAGAAAACCCCACCAAUAUCGAAGCAACCCCGUCCGCGUAUUACCCCAAGAUCGCAAAGUCAGCCGGCUAUAAAUAACCGACGACGUCCAGGUACCCCGCCACCACACACAAACGCAGCUGGAGCAGGAAGCAGGAGCAUGACCUCCAUACCCGCCAAUCUGUCUAGCAAUAAUGUGGCUGGAGCAGCAACGCUACCAGGAGCUGCAGCGCCACCAGAGAAACAACCAUGGCCCAACUCUAAGGAUGAUUACGAGCUUAGAGAUGUCAUUGGUGUGGGGGCCACAGCCGUUGUCCAUGGCGCUUACUGUAUUCCAAGGAACGAGAAGUGCGCCAUUAAGCGGAUCAACUUGGAGAAAUGGAACACGUCGAUGGACGAGCUGCUCAAGGAGAUUCAGGCCAUGUCCUCUUGUUUUCAUGAGAACGUGGUAACCUAUCACACCUCUUUUGUUGUAAGAGAAGAACUUUGGCUAGUUCUAAGACUCCUAGAAGGUGGCUCCCUGCUGGACAUAAUCAAGCACAAGAUGAGGACAGCUAAUUGUAAACAGGGUGUUUUUGAUGAAGCCACCAUUGCAACGGUACUCAAGGAAGUCCUGAAGGGAUUAGAGUACUUCCAUUCGAAUGGACAAAUUCAUCGAGAUAUCAAGGCAGGAAAUAUCCUGAUAGGCGACGAUGGGACCAUUCAAAUUGCUGAUUUUGGUGUGAGUGCUUGGCUGGCCACUGGCAGGGAUUUGUCCAGGCAGAAGGUACGUCACACUUUUGUAGGCACACCCUGUUGGAUGGCACCCGAGGUAAUGGAGCAGGAUCAUGGCUACGAUUUCAAGGCAGACAUUUGGUCAUUUGGCAUAACAGCUAUUGAAAUGGCCACGGGUACGGCACCAUAUCACAAAUACCCGCCCAUGAAGGUGCUAAUGUUGACCCUUCAAAACGAUCCUCCCACCUUGGACACAGGUGCGGAUGAUAAAGAUCAGUAUAAGGCCUACGGCAAGACAUUCCGCAAGAUGAUCGUCGAGUGUUUGCAAAAGGAACCAUCGAAAAGGCCCACGGCUAGUGAGCUACUUAAGCAUGCCUUCUUCAAGAAGGCCAAGGAUCGCAAGUAUCUCACCCAGACAUUGCUACAAUCUGGACCCAGCAUGGAGACCAGGGUGCACAAGGCGGCGAAACGACAGCCUGGAGCUUCGGGUCGUCUGCAUCGCACGGUGACGGGUGAAUGGGUCUGGUCCAGUGAAGAGGAGGACAAUGGUGGCUCUGUCUCUGGUUCGGGAUCUGGAGGUGGCCGAAAACACCCAUCUUCCGAUUCGGAUUCUGAGGAUAGGCCUAUCAAUCGUUUGGAAAGAGCCGACUCUUCGGACAGUGAUAGAGAAGAGCCAUCGCCCGAAAUUACGCAUAGUGUUUCCUCAGCCACAGUGACACCUGGAGCUCCAGCAGGCGUUGCCCCAGCUGCCGCCCAAGAGAUAACAGCUGGAAUGGCUCAAUUGCCAUUACCCAGUGAUUCUGCUGGAGAGGCACCACCAGUUAAUCUUGUCCUGCGCAUGCGCAACUUACGGCGUGAACUCCACGACAUUCGCUUUGAAUUCGUGGUUGGCAAGGAUACAGCCGAGGGCAUUGCUACAGAACUAGUAGAUGCUGGUCUCGUUGAUGCUCUGGACACGCAACCGAUGGCCCAGCAUCUGGACCAACUGAUAGCUGCCAGUGCAACCAUGAAAACGAUUACUUUCCAAUUGAGCUCCGGCGUGCAGCCUGGCGAAGUGCCCGACGAAAGAUCACUGGUGGGCUAUGCGCAGAUCUCGAUCACGGACUAAUGGUCAGCUGCCAAGGAGCUUGCAGACAUGGAUCACAGCCAACACAACCCAUCACAAGAGCAUCCCAAACACCGCCACAUAGCACCAUCCCUGAGAUAAACAAAAAAAAAAAAAAACAAACCAAGCCAGUCUGAUGAUACGUAAGGCCAGGAGGGUUCGGGAUCGGGAUUCCCCAACUGGAGAGCCGUUGCCGUUUGCUGCUUUUAGCACUAGACUAGAACUAACUGUAUAUGCUAGUGAUAGGUCUUAACGCGAGCCGAUCGUUUACUAUAUAUAGAGAAACUAUCUAUACACACACAUAUAUAUGUUGAAUAGGAUGGGUCGAUUUUGGUUGAUAAGUUAAGGUGUGGAAAAUGAGAUUCAGUUGAGGACCCAAUCAGGAAAUUCAAAUAUUCUUGAACUGUAAACUUUGAGAGAGAAUUAUUUUGUUUUCCGAAUGUUAUCCUUGAUUUAUUUUUCGACUAGAAAAAUCGGCCUGACCUUAAGUUUUAUAUAUGCCUUACCUACUAUGUAAAUCCUAUGCGCAUUGUAAUUAAUCCAUGUGCCCCGCCCCUUGAAACCACUGUCUCCCCUUUUUCUCCACCCGCUAAAGUAGCUAAAGUAAUUGAAGAAUCGUGUACUUAUUCGUUUUCGUUUUUCGUUCGUCUUUAAGUAGCUCUGUACAUACACCACACCCGUAUAUAUCUAUAUAUAAAUCUUGUUUUUAAUUAGCCCACUGAAAAAUAUCAGUAGAUCCUGAUGUAGUCCUGCCUUUAUAUAUCAUUUACCGAUCGAUCGCUCCCCAGCCAGGCGCCUUUAAUUUAUUCUCUAGCAAUUUAAACUACUAAUUUUUAAAUCCUAGCGCCUAAGUCUUGUUUUUGUUUUACUCUUAUUAUUUUAUAUAUUUUUACCUUAUCAUAAAUUAUCACUAUAUUCUGUAUAACCACUGUAUGAGUUUUCUUCGAUAAGAUCGCACUGGAUGUAAACUUUAAGUGAGGCCAGAAGAAAAGAGAGAAAGUAAACAGGAGAGUAGAAAUUAUAGUUCAAGCUCUGUAACUACCUUGAAGUAAAUCGUAAAUCAAUUACUUUAAAACAAUGAAUACUAUUAAACAUCAUAUAGUUAAAGAAAAAAAAUUACAAAAAAAAUCAAGAAACGAAAAAAAGGAA